ACUCAUCCUUUAAGCAAGCAGGGUGGGGCUGGGUGCGCCUGCGCGGUUUUAAAACCCCUCCCCAAACUGCCAACACUUCGCGCAAGCGAAGUCGAUCUUUCUUGCCUUAUAUUACGCGUGCGCACUGACAGGCCUAACCCCGGAAGACCAUACGCUUGCGCACUAAAGACUACGGUGACAGUACACCCGGUGGGGCGCUGGCUAGUCAUGGCGGAGCCUUGGGCCGGGCAAUUUCUGCAAGCUUUGCCCGCCACGGUGUUCGGAGCGCUGGGCACCUUAGGCAGCGAGUUUCUGCGGGAGUGGGAGACACAAGACAUGCGGGUGACUCUCUUCAAGCUGCUCCUGCUGUGGUUGGUGUUAAGUCUCCUGGGCAUCCAGCUGGCCUGGGGGUUCUACGGGAACACAGUGACCGGGUUGUAUCACCGUCCAGGCAGAGAACACUCGAGUGCUGGUAGCAGGGAAGAGAACUCUCAGGAUGUGAGUGCAUCAGCUUAGUGGCCUUUGCAAGAAUCCUCCAAGUCUAAAGGGAAAUGGCAGCAAAUGAAGCUCUCAAAACUCACAGAGAAUAAGGGAAGGCAGCAGCAGAAGUGUCUCCAGAGAUAUCGCUGGGUCUGCUGGCUUCUAUGCUAUAUGUUGCUGCUGUCCAGACCCCCUUGGACAACUGCAGAGGGUUUGGGGUUGGGGGACUGGAGUACCAUGAAGCUUCCAGGGUGAGCCUCCACUGCCCUCAGCCUUGCCUCCAACAGCUUCAGGUACUGGGCAGGUGAAGUUUGUCUCUAACAAAGGGAAAGACUUCUUGUCAAGGGUCAUGGCUUAGAAACAUUAUGGUUGGGGAGGCCAGUAGUCCCUUUCUCAGCUUGGCUUUUUCCUGACUUAUUCAUCCCCUUGGGGAUGUGACCCUAGAGAAAUUUGUCCUUCUAAGAGGAAUCUUGAGGUUGGCCAGUUCUGAGAUUUAGAAAGAGAGCCCGUUCUCCCAUAGGCUCUAAUUUCCUUGGCUUUGCUUUGUAGGCCGAAAAGCCAGCUAAUCCUGGCCUGGACUAGGGCACCAAACCUGGCCCAGCUAGAAUCUUCCAGAUCUCAGGCAGACAGGGGAAGGUAUCAUUUCCCAACUCACUUAUUUCUCUGUUCUUUUUGAGGACAUGUUGAAUUCCUAAGAGACAUCUCACUAAGAGCCCCUGGGAUUGACUAGCUUCUCCAUUGCUUAAGUAACCACAGGCUCUUUUGAUCUGUACUUGCCCCCUCGUAGGGAGGUACUAAGUAGUUAGUGCAAUGAUUUCAUUGUGCCUGCUGCCUUAUUCCCAUCCUGGCAAGGGUCUAGUCCUGAGAGUCCACCAGCAUCGUUUCAGCCUCUAGGAAUAUCAGUAAGAGUAAGCCACAAGCCAGAUAGUUCUGCACCCUUCACUCUGGGUCAGAAGAGGUUCCGAGGGGGUAGGUGGCCAGUGUCCCCAUGAAAACACUGCUUCCUCAGAGCACUAUGGUUCCUAAAAGCAUUGUGGUCUUGGACCUGUCUCCUGUAACGGUUGUACUCCCUGUCUCUGCUGGGCUACUAGCUACCUCAGGUGUCCACGGUCUCUCUGUUAGAUGUCAUAUAGCCAUCUGGCAGCCAUUGCUUACAGAGACUUUGUAGCAGGUGUACUAUAGGUGAAACUGUACUGAGCUCCUCAUGCACGUGUACCUACUCCAGAGAUGUCAUCUGUGUGGCAAGAUGUUCUUCACAGUCUCAUGUCCACCCACCGACAUCACUACAAGAGUCAAGGUCUCACAUUCCACCCCAGGAGCAACUGAAGAUGUGGCAUAUUAAACACAGAAGUGCA